CGGCUGUCUCUACUCUGUGAUGGCCGAGACUCUGGACACUCAACACGCCAAGCAGGCCUCCCAGAUCCAGAGCCAGGUGAAGUACAGAGACGACGUGCAGAAGUCCAGCAGUCUGUUCUCCAGCCUUCCUCAGACCCUGCAGACCGAGCUGGCCAAGGAGGUGACGGAGCUCCAGAGUCAGGUGAAAUAUAAAGCGGGAGGAAAGAAGGAGGCGUCCUCGUCUCUCUACCACCUCCUCCCCGAGACGGCAGAGAUGCAUUUCGCCAAACAGAUGUCAGAGAUCCAGAGCGAGACAAAGUACAAGAAGGACAAAGAGGAUCUGCCCAACACGUUGUUCUCUCUGCUGCCUGAAACUCUGCAGACUCAGUUUGUUAAAGAGAUGAAUGAGACACACAGCGAGGUGAAGUACAAGCAGGCUGCAAAGACGGCGUCGUCUCUUUACUCCAAACUGCCCGAAACUCUGGAGACCAAACACGCCAAAGAAGCGACCGAACUACAGAGUGCAAAAAAGUACAAAGAUGAGGGGAGGAAGGAGAUGACGUCGUCUCUUUACUCUCAGCUUCCUGAAACCGCCGAGACUCAUUUCGCCCGAGAGAUGACCGAGAUACAGAGUGAGAACAAGUAUAAGGAGCUCGGGAAGAAGAGUCAGAGUGUCAGCGUUUACUCUCAGCUCCCAGAGACCAACGACAUCCAGUUUGCAAAAGCAGUUUCUGAAAUACAAAGUGAGAGCCGAUAUAAAGAAGCAGGGAGGAGAGACGCCUCCAGCUCUCUGUACUCCAAGCUGCCUGAGACUCUGGACACGCUGCAUGCUAAGGAGGCUUCUCAGCUGCAGAGUCAGGUGAAAUAUAAGCAGGAGAGCAGGAGGGAGGUGAGCGGGUCUCUGUACCACCAGCUACCAGAAACCACAGAGACUCAGCUGGCUAAAGAGAUGAGGGACAUUCACAGCGAGGUGAAGUACAAAGAAGAGGGGAAGAAGGAGAUCGGUAAGAGCUUGUACUCGCUCCUCCCUGAGACGGCAGAGACCCAGUUCGCCAAGCAGAUGUCAGAGAUACAGAGUGAGACAAAGUACAAGAAGGACAAAGAGGAUCUGCCCAACACGUUGUUCUCUCUGCUGCCUGAAACUCUGCAGACUCAGUUUGUUAAAGAGAUGAAUGAGACACACAGCGAGGUCAAGUACAAGGAGGCAGGAAAGAAGGAGGCCGGCAGCUCUCUGUACCACCAGCUGCCCGAGACUCUGGAGACGCAGCGUGUUAAAGAGGUUACCGAGCUGCAGAGCGAAAACAAAUACAAGCAGAGCGGGAAGAAGGCCAUGUCGUCCAGUCUGUACGCUCAGCUGCCACAGACGGCUGAGACGCAGCUCGCCGCCAAGAUGUCCGACCUGCAGAGCGAGAGUAAAUACAAAGAGGACGGGAUGAGGAGCCGCUCUCAGAGUUUCUACUCUCAGCUUCCAGAAACAGCCGAGACUCAGUUUAAUAAAACUGUCUCUGAGCUGCAGAGUGAGGCAAAGUACAAGGAGGCGAGCAGGAAGGAGGCGAGCAGCUGUCUGUACCACCAGCUACCCGUAACCAUGGAGAUGCUGCACGCCAAAGAGGCGACGGAGCUGCAGAGUCAGGUGAAGUACAAAGAAGGAGGUAGGAAGGAGCAGAGCACCAACCUUUACUCUGCUCUGCCUCAGACAGAAGAGAUGAAGUUAGCUAAAGCUGCCAUGGAGCUCCAGAGUGAGAAUAAAUACAAGCAGAAAGGCAGACAGGAGAACAGCAGCAGUGUUUUCCACCAAAUGCCAGAAACCAAAGAGACGGAGUUCAUGAAACAGAUCUCUGAACUUCAGAGUGAGACAAAGUACAAGAAGGACAAAGAGGAUCUGCCAAACACUUUGUUCUCUCUGCUGCCUGAAACUCUGCAGACUCAGUUUGUUAAAGAGAUGAAUGAGACACACAGCGAGAGUAAAUACAAGGAGGCAAGUAAGAAGGAGCUGGUCAACUCUCUGUAUUCUCUGCUGCCUGAGACCAAAGACACUCAACACGCCAAGGAGCAAACUCAGCUGCACAGUGAGAAAGCGUACAGGGAGGAGGGUAAGAAGGAGGCCGGCUGCAGUCUGUACGCUCAGAUGCCCCAAACCAUCGAGACCGUCUUCAACAAAGAGCUGACCAAGACGCAGAGCGACAAGCUCUACAAGGAGCAGUAUAACCGAGAGAAGGGGAAGUCGAGCUACAGCAGCAUGAGGACUCUUCCUGAGGUGGAUCACGCCAUCGAGGUCAACAAGAACCAGAGUGAAGUCGGCUACAGAAAAGGCAAAGAGGAGCUCCAUCACUUCAACUCGGUGGCAGACAGACCUGACAUCCUCAACGCCACCAACGCCACCAGGCUGGCCAGCGACGUGGCCUAUAAGAGCAACAAACAGCCCGUCUACAGCGACGGAUCUCUUUUGGACAGAACGGACAUCCAGCACGCCAACGAUGUGUCUAAACUGGCCAGCCAGGUGAAGUACAAGGAGAGCUUCGACAGAGAUUUAAAGGGCCAGCGUCCUCGUUACAACCCUCUGGACUGUCUCUCCUUCAAACACACUCAGGCUGCUGCUGCUCUGGCCAGUCAGGUGAAGUAUAAGACGAACCAGAAACCAGACGGUUCUUCAGACCUGCCGAACCUUCUUCAUCUGGAGCACGUUCUGAACGCCACCAAGCUGCAGAGUAACGUGGAGUACAAGAAGAAGUACAAAGAGACGAAGGCUCAGUUCCACACAGCUCUGGACACGGCCGAACAACUCCACCACAAGGAGAACGCCCUGCUGCACAGCCAGGUGCGGUACAGAGAGGAGUAUGAGAGGAGUAAAGGUCGUUCUCAGAUGGAGUUUGGAGACACUCAGACCUACAAAGUGUCUAAAGAAGCUCAGAGGAUGCAGAGUGAGAGAGAGUACCGGAGGGACUAUGAGGAGCAGAUUAAAGGUAAAGCCUUGGUGGACGUAGACCAGACACCUGGAUACCUGACAGCCUGCCACGCGAGCAGCCUGAUGAGCGAGAAGGAGUACCGCCGGGACAUGGAGAGGGACAUCGUGGGUAAAGGUAUGGAUCAGAGCACCGACAACCUCGAGAUGCAGCGAGCCAAGAGAGCCUCCGAGAUCCAGAGUCAGAGGUCCUACAAACAGACGGAGCAGCUCAGAGAAAACUCCUACGGGACGGUGACAGACACACCUGAGCUGCUGCACGCCUCCUACCUCAAAGACGUCUACAGCCAGAAGAAGUACAAGGACGAGGCGGAGCGUCUGAAGGGACGCUACAGUCUGAUAUCAGAGACCCCGGAGAUGGAGAGAGUCAAAACCAACCAGAGGAACAUCAGCUCUCUGCGGUACUGCUGGGACUCCAAGCUGAUGAGAGGACUCAUGUCUUCGGUCACCGAGACGCCAGAGAUCGUGCUCGCCAGGGAGAACGCCAAGAGGAUCAGCGAUGUGUGUUACAGAGAGGAAGUGGGUCAGGGCACCGCCGUCAUGGACACACCUGAGAUGGAGAGAGUCCGACGCAACCAGGACAACAUCAGCUCGGUGAAGUACAAGCAGAGUUCAGUGAAGACCUCCAGCGUCGGAGUGACUCCAGAACUGGAGAGAGUCCGACAGAACCAGGAGAACAUCAGCUCGGUGAAGUACCAGCGCGGGCUGCAGGAGAUGAAGGGCCACAGCUGCAGCGAGCUGGACACACCUGAGUACCGGCGUGUCAGGAGGUCGCAGGACUCCGUCUCCAUGGCCAAGUACCAUGAGGACUUUGAGCGGGCGCGCGGCCGAGGCUGCACGCCCGGAUUGGACGAGCCGAGCAUGGAGCGCUACCAGAGAGCCAAUCAGAUGAUGGGAGAGGCGGGAUACAGCAAAGGGAUCCACCCACAGGCCAUGGAGAUGGACCGACGACCGGGAGGCAUCAUCGUAGCUCCCGUCCUUCCUGGAGCGUAUCAUCAGGGCGUCCACAUGCAGCAGCAGCAGCAGCAGCAGCAGUAUCACCACGGCUACAUGCACCAGACCAGCAUGUCCUCCGUCAGAUCCGUCACCUCCCCCCCGCACUCUGCCACAAUGCGCGUCUACCGGGCGCUGUACGACUACGCGGCCCAGGACCACGACGAGGUCUCCUUCAGGGACGGAGACGUCAUCGUCAACGCUCAGCCCAUCGACGAGGGCUGGAUGUACGGCACCGUGCAGAGGACCGGCAAGUCAGGCAUGCUGCCCGCCAACUACGUGGAGUUCUGCAACUAGAGGAGAGAGGAGACGAGGAGACGAGGAGACGAGAAGGAAGUGAAGAGUUUAUAAAAAAUCAACCUCACUGUUACUAAAAUCAGCAGUCGGGAUGUUCUCUGCAUUUCAGGGACAAAGUGACGUCACAGCCAGAUGUUUCAGAUGUUCUGGAGGAAAAAAUAGUAAAAAUCAAGCUUAUUUUUAAAACAAACACAGUGAGAUGUUUCUGCAUCCACAGGAGCAGGAAAUAGACCAGAAUGCAUUGCAGCUGCAGGGACAGGUGUGAAUGAGGGAGGUGGAUACAGUCACAUCAAACAUUAUUAGAUAUAUUUAUGUUUAUGCUCAUUAGAUGUUUGAGCAAAAACAGCUUCUUCUCUGGGUUUUUUAUUGAAGGCAUUUUGCGAAACGUAGGCAAUCGUGGCUGUUUUGAAAGGAAGUGGAUUACCUCCCCAAAAAAACUACAAAAUAAGAGCUGGAAUACACAGAACAUCACAGACUGCUGAUACCAGCUGAUGGAGAAUCCGAGAACAGAUGUUUUAUCACAUUAGAGGGAUAAAAGUGAAGUUUAGAAGUGUGGUACUAUGAGGUACUUCUACAUAGUCUGUGUAUUAUUACUGUGGACGUAUUUUAGACACCUAAAAGUCAACAGCUUCAGUUCUCCGUCAUAAAGGUCUGUCUGACAUCAAGAUAAAGAGGUGAAAAUAUUCUAAAUAUAGCGUUCACUUAAACUGAUAUUGAUUCUUUUAGGAGUCUAAAAUACGUCCACAGCAGAACAGUACUUUGCUCUGUGCUGGUUCUCCUGUCUGUUUCUACAAACUCCAUCUACUGUAGUAAAACACUGAAUAUGUAGAAGAACCUCAUACAAUCAAACUUCUAAACAUCACUACUGUCCCUUUAAGGAGGAAAGGAAACGUAGGAAAAGGAGAGUUUAAAUCGAGCAUGCUGUCAACAAGUUACGUCAAAUAUUACAACUAGAGGAGGCUUGAGAGAUUAGAAACAUCUGUAUUUUUUUAAUGACCUUCUGGAACAAACUUUAUCAGAUUUUUGACUCUUUCUUUUCAGCAAUUCAGGCAGAAUUUGAAUAUAAUUACAUAUAAAGUGAAAACAAAAGCAUUUCAGUCUGAUUCUUAACAAAGGAAGUUUAAAAACAAGUUAGUUUUCUUAUUGUCAAUAAAUCCAUUGAGAAGAUGUCUGAUGUCUCAUAGAGCUCCUUUUUAAAAACACAUGAAUGGGCCACAUGUUCCUUCACCAUGACAACACACCCACUGUUGUUAAAAUACUCUCUAGAGCAACAUAUGUGGAUUCAUCCGCCGCUGAAAAUAGUCCCCGACAAACUUCCUCCUAUUUGUUUUUGAUAAAUUAAAAAAAAGUAUAUAUUUGUGGGGUUUUUUUUAAGAUUUAAAUCUCCAGUAGGAACCAAUGGGCUUGGAGCUGAGAGCCACAAACAGGAAGUCAGACGGUAUUAAGAGACGGACUGUUCGGUUUAUCUGUUUUUUUAUUGGAUUUUUUUGACAAUAAGAAAAAUAUUAAACAAAACAAGACUCAUCUUUUAGGGAUGGAGGAUAAUUAAAGAGGAACAGAGAAAGGAAAGACAUUUCUGUUAAUGAAAAUAGGGAGUAAAUAAUAUUUUUUAGUGGAAUAAUGCGACCAAAGGAAGGAGGGAGGAGAGAGGAGGA